CCCCCUCUCACCACACUUGGAAAAUCAAAAUCAUCAUCGUCAGACCAUCGUUACAGCUAAAGCAAGCAGGAUAGUGCAUGCAAUAGAUCAUGGGUUCUAAGGAUGUAGCUAUCUGCAUUCUUCUCCUCUUUGUUUCAGAGUUUUUCAUGGGCAUAGCGCCGGCAGCGGCGAGGGAGAACUCCGGCACGGUGAUAGGAAUAGACCUGGGGACAACGUAUUCAUGCGUGGGGGUGUACAGAAACGGUAAAGUUGAAAUCAUAGCCAAUGAUCAAGGAAAUCGAAUCACACCUUCGUGGGUUGCGUUCACUGAUACAGAGCGUCUGAUUGGGGAAGCCGCCAAGAAUCAGGCGGCUCUCAAUCCCGAACGCACAAUUUUUGACGUCAAACGGCUGAUUGGGAGGAAGUUUGAUGAUCCAGAGGUUCAGAGGGACAUGAAGAUGUUGCCGUACAAGGUUGUGGAUAAAGAUGGAAAGCCUUACAUACAGGUGAAGAUCAGAGAUGGGGAGAUUAAGGUUUUUAGCCCUGAGGAAAUCAGUGCUAUGAUACUGCAAAAGAUGAAGGAAACAGCGGAAUCCUAUUUGGGCAAGAAGAUUAAGAGUGCUGUCAUAACUGUACCAGCGUACUUCAACGAUGCACAAAGACAAGCAACCAAGGAUGCAGGGACGAUUGCGGGCCUUAAUGUGGCUCGGAUAAUCAACGAGCCGACUGCAGCUGCAAUCGCUUAUGGCCUCGACAAGGAAGGAGACAAGAACAUCCUAGUUUUCGACCUUGGUGGUGGUACAUUUGAUGUGAGUGUAUUGAGCAUUGAUAAUGGAGUGUUUGAGGUUCUUGCAACGAGUGGCGACACUCAUUUAGGAGGAGAAGACUUUGACCACAGAGUUAUGGACUAUUUCGUCAAGUUGAUAAAGAGGAAAUACGGCAAAGACAUCAGCAAAGACAAACGGGCUCUUGGCAAGCUCCGAAAGGAGUGUGAGAGAGCCAAGAGAGCUCUGAGCAGCCAGCACCAAGUUCGGGUUGAGAUCGAGUCGUUGUUUGAUGGUGUUGAUUUUUCUGAGCCCCUAACACGGGCGAGAUUCGAGGAAUUGAACAUGGAUUUGUUUAAGAAGACGAUGGGGCCGGUGAAACGGGCGUUGGAGGAUGCGAAUUUGAAAAAGUCUGAGAUUCAUGAGAUCGUGCUCGUUGGAGGCAGCACUCGUAUUCCUAAGGUGCAGCAACUGUUGAAGGAUUUCUUUGAUGGGAAAGAGCCGAGCAAAGGUGUGAAUCCCGACGAGGCAGUGGCCGUUGGAGCAGCUAUUCAGGGAGGAGUCAUUAGUGGAGAAGGCGGAGAGGAGACAGACAAAAUUGUUUUGAUCGAUAGGACACCAUUGAGUCUUGGCAUCGAGACGGUGGGCGGAGUUAUGACAAAGCUCAUCCCAAGAAACACUGUGAUUCCGACCAAGAGGUCCCAGAUCUUCUCUACUUAUCAGGACCAGCAAACCUCGGUGACGAUCAAGGUUUAUGAAGGAGAAAGGGCGUUAACAAAAGACUGUCGAGAGCUCGGGAGGUUUGAACUAUCCGGCAUUCCACCUGCCCCAAGGGGAGUGCCCCAAAUCGAAGUCACGUUCGAGGUCGACGUAAACGGCAUACUCCACGUAACAGCAGAAGACAAGGCGGCCAAGAAGUCCAAAUCCAUCACCAUUACGAACGACAAGGGACGUCUGAGCGAGGAGGAGAUCCAAGAGAAGGUGAGAGAAGCAGAGGAGUUCGCGGAGGAGGACAGGAGGGUCAGGGAGAGGAUCGAGGCCCGUAACAAGCUUGAAACCUACAUUUUCAACAUGAAGAGCACGAUCAACGACAAGGACAAGUUUGCGGACAAGAUUGAGGCUGAUGACAAGGAGAAGAUAGAGACGGCAUUGACCGAUGCAAUGGAGUGGUUGGAUGAUAACCAGAAUGCAGAUAGGGAUGAGUUGGUUGAGAAGAUGAAGGAGUUGGAAGAUGUUUGUAAUCCCGUUGUGAAGAAGGUUUAUGAGCAGAGUGGCUCAAGGUCUAGUGGUGAUGGAGAAGAGGAAGCAUACGAUGAAUUGUGAAGUGUACAUAGGCAACAUGAUGGAAAAUUCUAACCAAAAACUGUCUGGCCCGAACCUCAACCAAUUAUAUGACAAAUCCAGUGUAUUUGUCGUAUGAUUUGUGUACAUUUAUGAAAGAGUGAUGAAUCACAUAGCAAGUGUAUUACACUUGUCUUGUGAUGGAUUUGAUUCGAUCAUCUGAUUUAGUUAAAAAAAAAUUCAUGCAUGAGAAUUGUCUUUUGCGGAUUGGAUUUUCUAUUGCAUAUCAUAUAUACACAC